AUGUCGAGGCGCAAGCAGGCGAAGCCCCAGCACAUCAACUCCGAGGAGGACCGGGACGAGCAGCCGCCGCGGCCGGCCCCGGAGCUCGCGGAGGCGGCCCCGGCGGCCGGGGAGCCGGGUGAACUUGGUGCUCCCAUGAACCCCCCGGGGGAUGGUGACGAGGACGAGGCCCCCGGGGAGAAGGCCCUGGUGAAGCGGCCCCGCCGGGAGGACACGCACGUGUGCGAGAAGUGCUGCGCCGAGUUCUUCAGCCUCUCCGAGUUCUUGGACCAUAAGAAGAAUUGCACUAAGACUCCUCCUGUCCUCAUCAUGAGCGACGGCGAGGCGGCAGUGCCCCCCGAGGACCUCACCCCCGGCGCCCUGAGCCCCCAGCCCCCCAGCCCCGGCAGAAAGGAGGGCCCCAGGGAGGCCGAGGGGAAGGACAGGCCCGGGACCGAGCCCAUCUUUUACUUGAAGACCGAGACUGCCCUGCCCCCGCCCCAGGACAUAAGCUAUUUACCCAAAGUCAAGGCUGGGCCCGCCAACGUGGCCCUGCAGGCCCUGCGGGGCACCAAGAUGGCUGUGAACCCCCGGAGCCCCGACGUGCCCCCCGCCCCGGGGCCGGGCCCCCACAGCAUCCCCUGGGUGCUGGAGCAGAUCCUGCGGCUGCAGCAGCAGCAGCUCCAGCAGAUCCAGCUGACCGAGCAGAUCCGCAUCCAGGUGAACAUGUGGGCGGCCCACGCCCUGCACUCGGGCGUGGCGGGCUCCGACGCCCUCAAAACCUUGGGCAGCCACGUGUCCCAGCAAGUGUCGGCCGCCGUGGCCUUGCUCAGCCAGAAAGCCGGGAACCAGAGCCUCUCUCUCGACGCCUUGAAGCAAGCCAAGCUACCUCACGCCAACAUCCCCGCCGCCGCCGGCUCUCUGUCCCCGGGGCUCACCCCCUUCGCCCUGAAGCCCGAUGGGACUCGUGUGCUCCCCAGUGUCGUGUCCCGGCUCCCCGGUGCUCUGCUACCUCAGGCCUCCGGCUCUAUGCUCUUACAGAGUCCUUUCUCCACGGUGGGGCUGGAUCCAUCCAAGAAAGGGAAAGGGAAGCCCCCCAGCAUGGCCGCCGUGGACUCCAAACCCAAGGCCGAGGCCCCGCUCUACAAACACAAGUGUAAGUACUGUAGCAAGGUGUUUGGGACUGAUAGCUCCUUGCAGAUCCAUCUGCGCUCCCAUACCGGAGAGAGACCCUUCGUGUGCUCUGUCUGUGGUCACCGCUUCACCACCAAGGGCAACCUCAAGGUCCACUUCCACCGGCACCCCCAGGUGAAGGCCAACCCCCAGCUCUUUGCCGAAUUCCAGGACAAAGCGGUGCCCGGGCCCGGCCUCCCCUUUGCCCCCUCCACCCCCGCCUCUGUAGACGAAUCGAGCCUCUCUCUAGACAGCAAACCCGUCCUGGUAGCAGGCACCCCCUCUGUAGGGCUACCUCCAAAUCUCUCCUCAGGAACCGGCCCCCAGGACCUUGCGGGGGGCCCCCCGCCCCAUGACCCGCAGCCCGGGCUGCUGCCGGAGAGCGCCCACGGCGUGGCGUUCGUCGGGGUGGGGCCCAGCCACGCUUCCCCGAGGGUAGGCGGCGGCGUUCAGGGCGGCGGGGCCCCGGAGCCGGGGUCCGAGACCCUGAAGCUGCAGCAGCUGGUGGAAAACAUCGACAAGAGCACGGCCGACCCCAACGAGUGCACCAUCUGCCACCGCGUGCUGAGCUGCCAGAGCUCGCUCAAGAUGCACUACCGCACGCACACGGGCGAGCGGCCCUUCCACUGCCGCGUGUGCGGCCGCGCCUUCUCCACCAAGGGCAACCUGAAGACGCACCUCGGGGUGCACCGCACCCACGCGGCCUUCAAGGCGCAGCACUCGUGCCCCAUCUGCCAGAAGAAGUUCACCAACGCCGUCAUGCUGCAGCACCACAUCCGCAUGCACAUGGGCGGCCAGAUCCCCAACACGCCCCCGCCGGACGCCCCCUGCGACUUCGAGCCCGUGGCCGUGGGGGGGGACCACGACGACGACGCCGCCGUCGAGGGCAUCCGGGUCGACGAGGUCGAUGCUGCUCCCGGCCCCUCGAAGGUCCCCGCGCCGCCUCCUCCCAGAGCCCACCUGCCGUCGCCCCCUCGGGGCUUCUCCGUGGUGACCGCCGCCGCCGCCGCCGAGGCCCCGGGAAAAGGGGGGCCCGUCCUCCUCGGCCUGCAGCGCCAGGGCAGCCGGGAAAACGGCUCCGUGGAGAGCGACGGCCUGACCAACGACUCGUCCUCCCUCCCCGGCGACCAGGAGUAUCAGAGCCGAAGCCCCGACGCCGUGGAAAGCUUGUCCUUCCGGGCCGUGUCCCCCGCCACUAGCCAGGCGGAAAGCGUCCCGUCCAGAUCUCCCGAAGGGGGCAAGGCCGAGAGCGCGGAGGGCAGCCGCACGGACACGGAAGUGGGUGGAAACAGACUCCCCUCCACGUUCAUCCGAGCGCAGCCCACCUACGUCAAAGUCGAAGUUCCCGGCACCUUCGUGGGCCCCUCCGCGGCACCCCCAGGCGCGACGCCCCUGCUGGCCUCCCAGCCUCGCCGACAGGCCAAGCAGCACGGCUGCGCGCGGUGCGGGAAGAACUUCUCGUCCGCCAGUGCCCUGCAGAUCCACGAGCGGACACACACGGGCGAGAAGCCGUUCGUGUGCAACAUAUGCGGGCGAGCCUUCACCACCAAAGGCAACCUGAAGGUCCACUACAUGACCCACGGGGCCAGCAACAACGCCGCCCGGCGCGGGAGGAAACUGGCCAUCGAGAACACCAUGGCUCUGCUGGGCGCCGACGGAAAGCGCGUGUCCGACAUGUUUCCCAAGGAAAUCCUGGCCCCCUCGGUGAGCGCCGACCCCGUGGCCUGGAACCAGUACAGCAGCGUGCUCAACGGUGGCCUGGCCACGAAGGCCAACGAGAUCUCGGUGAUCCAGAGCGGCGGCAUCGCCGCCCUCCCCGCGUCGAUGGGCGCCGGCCCGGGGAGCAGCGCCGCCACCGGGGCCAAGAUGGAAGGCGUGGCGGCGGGCGCGGGGGGCGCCGAGGUGGAGAAGCCGGGCGUGCCGGAUGGAGUGGCCAGAGCCCAGUUCCCUCAUUUCCUGGAGGAGAACGAGAUCGCUGUCAGCUAA